AUGAAGAAGCUAAGGUGGGCAAUGGAUGGAGGGUUUUGGGAGCUGGACAGGUCCACACCCAGAACCCUUGAAGGAGAAGGACGGGCAGUGCCUGGAGACCCAUUUCCAUUGGGUGUUUCAAGAGGUACAAGACUAUCAAGACCCAAGCAGAUUGAUUUCUUUCAGCGUUUUAUGCUUGCUCCUUUCAUCCCUUCUUAUUCUGCUUCCUCUCAUGGCUUCUCUCUCCAACGUAAGUUUGUGUCUUCUCUUAAAAAGAAUGGAGUUUUGCAAUCUUCACGCAUGGAGAACAUUAGGAAACAACUUGAGGAUAAGUCCUUAUAUGCACUUGGAUUUUGUUCAGAGCUCUUGUUAACUCCUGAGGAUACCCUUCUCUUAAGCUUGGACUUUUAUGGUGAUGAUAACAACAAGACGCCUCGUAAGAAAGCAGUCUUCCAUCAUAAGGCAUGUUUCCCAAAUCACAAUUUAAAUGUGGAAGCAGUUUGGCCUGGACUUUUCAUUGACAGGGCCGGUAAUUAUUGGGAUGUACCUUUCUCCAUGGCCAUCGAUCUGGCUUCUCUUGCUUCUGACUCUGGUGCUAGUUAUCAUUUCUGUAUGCACCAUAAUGCCGGUCAGGCCAUGCAGCUUGGAGGUGAUCAGACCGUUGAGGUUCCUGCAACACUACUUCCUGGUAUCUCUUUGAAAAGUGCUUUUUCCUUCAAGCAAAAUAUUGAGAUUUGGAGAAGUAAUGCUCAGAAGUUGAAGAUGGUGCAACCCUUUGAUAUUUUUCUCUCCAAUCCUCACAUUUCAGCUUCAGGGAUCAUUGGUGCUGCUGUGACGGCCUGUCUCGGGGAUAAUUCAGUUCAGCCACGAGUAGUAGAUGAAUCUCAGCAGUUUGAAGGCCUCUGUCUUCGUGCUCCUGCUGUAAAAUCCACCUUGUUAGCUGAUCCAAACAUGGAAACAGUUCAGGCAAUUUGCCCCAAGGCAACCAUUUCUCUUCAGCAGCAGAUAGCAGGACCUUUUAGUUUUAGAGUUGAUUCUGGAGUUGUGAUUGAUUGGAAGAGCAAAGAUUGGCGUAUCUGUGUGGAUGAUCCAGUGUUUGCCGUUGAGUAUGCAUUGCAUGUCCUUGGUUCAGCAAAGGCUGUUGCCUGGUAUUCACCAAAGCAUCGGGAAUUCAUGCUAGAACUUGGCUUUUUUGAAACCUAA